AUGGCGGACAUUGAAAUUGAAUCGGAGCAAUCGGAGCUCGAAUUGAGUGAAUUAGGGCCAAUAGAUCUUGUCAAUAAACUUCUUGGGUUUGCUAAACUUGACAAGACUGAUGUUCAGCCCACCAUCCAGAGUCUUUACUUCUCAUCAGAACUAGACAAUGAUAAAUACAGGUUUCUUGAACUCGAUGAUGAUAUGGUUGGGCAGCUGAAGACUGGAGAGAGGUUAUUGAUUAAGGGUGAAAAACAUGAAAGUGCUGUGCUGUGCACAAAGAGUAAAACAUAUGACGUGAAGGAGGCAGACACAUCAAAUUCUUUAUUACUUUUACCAUCCUGUAGUUAUGGAGACGGAAAAGAUGAAGGUGAACAAAAUAUAGUUGAACAAGAGGUUACGUCUGUACUUCGGAAAUAUCUCGAAUUGAAGCCAUGCAAACCUCGGCUAAAAAAGCUACGAGAUUUGUUGGAACAAAAUCCAUACCUCGGCAGAUUAGAAGAAAGUGAAAAUGAAAUGGAAAAGUACACUUAUGAUGACAUCUUAGAUCUGAUUCAAGCAAGCGAGGAAGAGAUCCAGAGUGGCCUGAAACAAGCUCAGGCAUGUAUAAUAGAUGGAUAUGUCCGAAUUUUAGACCAUGAGUUCCUUAGUAAAGUGAUCACAAGCAUAGAGGAUUUGAUCAGUGAAAAUUCUUGGAGCCUAGAUUAUGUGCCGUUGCAGGAAUGCUGCAAUACACUGGAAACACUUUAUCACAGAGAUGUAAUAACAAGUGUGUUGAAGACUUAUGGUGAACCACUGGAAACAACUGAGGUAGACACUGGUACUGGUGGUGUCUACAGAAUCAGUGAAGAAAUGAUUUCCAGACAUUACGCUACAUUACUACUAAAGAACACAGGAAAAUUUAAUCUAAAGGAAUUUAUAUCCACUUGGCAAGCAAGUGUACCAGAAGGAAUGAAGACAGAUCUCUCCAUGUUGAAAGGUUUGGCACUGAUAGACAGAAGUAGCAAACCUGAAGUUGUUUGGUACUUUCCCUCAACAGAUGUCCCUGAAGAAAUUAAUGAAAGGUUCAAUUUCCUCUUCAAAACAAAAGAAAAGUGGGCCCUUGAUGAAAUCACCCCCUAUAUUCUGGAUUUGACGACUGAGAGGUUGAGCGUGAAUGGCCUACUCACAAAGUUCUGCCGGGCAUCGACACAAGGGGGUGUGAAAGUUUACAACUCGCGGAGGCCUAUUUCAUGAUAGUCACACUAAUGAGGAGUGUGUGUCACAUGGUGCUUGAUGUUGUUAGUUUUACUAAUAUUGCUAUGCCUUGAGCGGGCGUGAAUGACCAAGUUGAGGUUUGCAAUUUGUUUUCAUUCAUUUAUGACUUAUUGUUCAUUUGUUAACCACUAUUUGUGACCCGCCAUGGCAAAAUGAGUCGCACGUUGCUCAGAGCUUGACAGGUUGUUCAUUUCACUAUUGUCUGCCGUUUGUGAAAUCUGAGUAUAUCAAUUUCUUCUAUUAUGUCCUGGUGUCAUUUUAGGCUCAUCUUCUGUGUGACAUGCGACUCAUUUUGCCGAGGUGGGUCACAUUUACCAGUGGCUUAAGGGGAGACUAUUGGCAGGGGCCAGGUUAACACUUGCCGUGCCCAAAGACAAUAAUUCUCGUAACCAGGUACCCCCGAUAUCAAAUAUGGAUAUCUAAUCAAAUGUAUACUUGCCAACAAUAACAACAAAAAUGCCUCCCACAAUGCCUGCAGAUGCACUUCGAAAACGAACACCAACUCCAUCUGAUGGAGAAGAAAUAAACCAGUUUAGAAAUCGUUGUUACUGGGUCUGCAGGGUUGGAAAAAUUGUGCGAUUUCAUGGAUAAAAACCGGUUUUGAAUUAUUAACACUACAAAAAAGCCAGUAAGAUCGUCAUGCUCCUGCCUAUAUUCCCCCUUAGAAUUGACUGCAUGCAAUAUUCUUUAGUAUUGUUGACAGACACAAUUUUGCAGUCACACAGAAUCAUCAGUUAGUAAAUAGAUCCAUCACCCAAUCAAUCUUCGAUGAGUGUUGUCAGUAAGGUUGGCAUAACGGAGUGACUGAGUGACCCAUCUCUCUAUUGACUGACCCAAUUCUGUAUCUUCAUGCGUGUGUGUUCAAACCAGACAUAUUGAAACGAAACUGUUCUUUGUUACAAAUGUUUGUAAGAGAAUAAAGACAAGCUUUUCUUAUUUGCA